AUGAAUCUUACAGUGUUGAAAUUUGUUGUUUCUGCCGGUUCCUUCUUUACGUGUCUUUCUUUAAUUUUCACCGAUGUGUGCCUUUUGGGUCGACAAGAUUGUUUACCAAGCGCAAGGAGCUUCCAGAAGAAACUGGUUGGCUCUUUGGAGCGACUGUUUUUUCUGAGGUCCGGCGGAGACCUCGAUCUUGACGAAGAGAUCUUUGACAUGUCAAAAGGACUAAACCACCAUGUUUGGGAAUACAACUGUUUGAAGAGCAUUGAAGCCCUUUGCAAUUUCCCAAUCUUUCCUAAAGCACCGGAUAAAAGAGAAAUAAUAUCACGAACAGAAAUCACUACGCGGAGCCGUCGCCGCGUGGAUGCCCAUCGUUUACUUGGUUUUUUGGUUCCAAAUUUAUCAGGUGAACAUCUCUUCGCGGUAACAUCGAAUGGUUUUGCUGAAGUCUGGCUAAGUCCUGAUAAAAGUUGGAGGUCGGCAAACCAGAUUGCUUACAUCAGGCAAACUGAUUUGAAAUCUACAAUAAAAAAAUGGGACUUUGAGGCUGUAAAAUCACAGAUUUCCGCCGGAGUUUAUUUAGAGGCGAGAAAACGAUAUUUCAUUGAGAUCGUGUACUCCCUUGGAGGUCGCAAAAGAGGCGAGAACUUUCUGCAAGUCGCCUGGAAACGACCAGGAAAAUCCACGUUUGAGAUUAUUGAGAGAGAAUCACUCUCACUGUAUACAAAUGACAGUGAGAAGGACAAGUACAAAAUUUAUGACGAUCGUUUACCCAAAGCUCACUACUGUGCAAAAUAUCAGAAAAGCUACGCAAACAAAUAUAUGAGAUCAGAGCCAUAUCCUAGCUUGGAUAAUUCCGCCAUUAGUGGUGCUUUACCAUUUUGUGACUACAGUCCUAGCUAUAUUCUCAAUCCUGCUAAAUUAGAUAGGUUUGAAAAAUACCAUGGCGUAAAAAAACAUGUGCAUAAAACGUACGGUUACCCAUAUCCAAAUAUUGAUGGCAUUAUCAGAAGUCACACGGCGCAUAACGUGUUUUUGGCUGAGGAUCCCUUAGAAGAGGAAGAAGCGUGGUCCGUGGUUGAGGCGUAUAUGGAAACUGUGGAAAAAAGCUAUCCAGGGAAAUAUGAACUUGAGGAUAUCAUUCGCGUUGAAAAAAAGAAAGAUCCUGAGAAGGGAAAUAGAUAUCUUCUGGAGCUUGCUGUAAAAGAUCUCACAAACUUUGAUGGCUAUAUUUUAUCGGAAUAUAUUUUUAAACCGAAAGAUAGAAGUGAGUCGUUGUGUUAUCCCAGAGGCCUACAGUGGAACAGGACAGCGGAUGUCUAUCUGAUUCUCACGGUCAAGAACCUGGGUCGGUGGGUUCAUCACUUUAUCAAGAACGUGGAAGAAAUUGUACGAGAAACGAAAGAUGAACAUUUACACGUGGUUAUAUUUGACUUCAACAGCCCAGAUAUUGACUUAGAGCACGUUUUAAGAAGAAGCAAUCUGAGGAACCAUCAUUAUAUCUCAAAGCCUGGUAAUUAUUCGCGCACAGUUUCCUUAAUGGAAGCUAUAAAGUCAAUAGAUGAUCCUGAAGCCAUUGUAGUAACCAUUGACUUGCAUCUGGAUAUCGGAAGUCAGAUGAUUAACGACAUACGUAAGCACUGUAUCAAAGGAAGGACCGUCUAUGCUCCCCAAAUCAUCUUUCUAAAUUGUGGUGGAAGCAGUGCCCUUCCCAGAGGCUCAUGGUACCACUACAGCUAUGGAACAGUUGCUAUGUAUAAAGAAGACUGGGAAAGAUUCGGAGGCUUUUCACAGGGUUUUGUUAACAAAACCACGUGGGGAGGAGAGGACUGGGACAUCAUUGACGGCGCAGUCAAGGGUGGCCUGGAAAUAGAAAGGAAACGAUCACCAUGGGUCUAUCAUUAUUACCACACCAAAUAUGGAAUGUGGUAA